AUGCCUUCUCAGCGACCUUUCUUCCUCUCCACCUUCUUCAACUCCUUUAGACAACAGUCUCCCUCGGCGACGGCGCUAUCAUCGCAACAACCGAAUAAGCAUACCACGCAGACAUCAUCGUCAUCGUACGCCACACAGUCUGCCGCUUCAGCGCCACGAGCCAUCUCCUCGAGUACAUCACCAAGUAGCGGCGGAAACAACGCCAACGCCAACUCGACGACCCGGUCGACAUCAGGAGUCGUGAAUCAAUACCCACUACACUCCCCGCGGGGUGGCAUCCCCAUUCCCGGCAGCGCGAACCGAAGACGUGGUAGCGACAGCAGCAGCGAAGGAUUCCGCGAUGUAUUAGGUGCCGAUAAGUGGUACAUCGGAGGACGGACCGCCGGCGGCGAGGAAAAAUUCUUCAAGCUGGGUGUUGUCAGGAGGGUGCGCAGUAACGACGGCCUGAGCCUGGAUCGACUGAGUUUAUAG